UAGUUUAGAGUAAAUCGUCAACGUGAGUGCAACGAAACGCGCCUCACUUAAUUUUAUUAACUGAUCGUGUGCAGAGCAAUCAAAACACAAUACACACAAAAUGGGUUGUGCAACGGCCACCAUCAAAUAUUUAGUAUUUUUAUUUAAUGCAUUGUGCGCGUUGCUGGGCCUGGGCGUGAUUGUGGUCAGCUCGCUGGCGCUGAAAGAUGUGAUCGAUGAAACACGCCCGCUGAUCAUAUUCUUUAUAGUAAUUGGCUCCAUAGUAUUUCUCAUAUCCUUCUUUGGCUGCUGUGGUGCCAUCAAGGAGAAUGUCUGCCUCACCUGGACGUAUGCUACGUUAAUGCUGGUGCUGCUUAUAUUGACCUGUGUCUUGAGCUUUGCCUAUCUGAAUCGCAUUGAUGAGAAAGCCGUUUCUAAGAACACGCUCGACAAGGCCUGGGAUAAGCAAAAGAAUGGCACCGAUGCCAUGUCCAUCUGGCAGUCCAGCCUACACUGCUGCGGCGUUAAUGGCAGCAGUGACUAUACAAGUGCCAAUCUGGCCAUACCCGCCAGUUGUUAUGCCGGCAAUGGCACUGCCAAUGCCACUGCCACUCCCCCAGCCAAAAUUUACACAGAGGGCUGUCUGAGCUCAUUGAUCAAUGCGUAUGCCAAGAGCUUAAAGUACGUGAAGCUAUUUGCUUGGAUUUUAAUUGGUGUUGAGGGCGCCGCCUUUUUGUUUGCCACAAUACUGGCCAUAACCUUCAACAAUGAGCAACGACGUUCCAGAUACUAAGUUAAUAUA